AUGGUGAGUAAAUUCAAGAAUGUUAUGAAAAAUAAGUUUGCAAUGUCAGACUUGGGUCUACUGAAUUACUUUCUUGGAAUGGAGAUUGUGCAGAAACAAGAUGGCAUAUUUCUUUCACAAGAAUCUUAUGCCAAGAAGUUGUUGAAGAAAUUUAACAUGGAGGAAUGUAAAAUCAUGACUACACCAUUGAUACCUCAACGCAAGCAUCAGAAAGAACAAGAAGAAUCUGCUGAUAGCAAAGUCUACAGAAAUCUAGUGGGAAUUAUGUUAUAUUUAACAGCUACAAGACCGGACCUGAUGUUUGCUGCUUCUUACUUGUCUAGAUACUUGAAGGAACCAACAACAUCUCAUCGCAAGGAUGCACAACGAGUUUUAAGAUAUAUCAAGGGAAUGAUCGACAUGGGUCUAUGGUUUACUAAAGCUAAAGAAGCUAGACUGAUUGGUUAUUCAGACAGCGAUUGA